CGUGUAGUUACUGGUUCUUAACCGCAGCCCAGAUACAGCCUCUGAGUUGCAACACCCAGAUUCCAAACUGUACAUGCUCGAUUAGAGAAUACCUCUGUACCUGAAAGAUGCCUCAUAAGAAGACCCCAUCAUAUCCUUUCUCCUCGGGACCAAAUGCUGUCAAUGCCAUCAAUCGCUCCAGUUGGACACCCUUACCUCCCACAACACAACCACCGGAAACGGAUGUGUACCCACACUACGACCAUACUGAGGGAAACGAGCACGCAACCUUGUUAGAAGCCGUCCAUGACCAUGACAAUGGCCACGAAGAAGCAGCAAUGUUCAUGCCUGAAGAGGCCAGCCCUUUAAAUCGCUGGAAUCCAAAUGAACCAGAGCCAGACGAUUUCCUUCAUGUACCAGACCCAAGGCGUGACCAUAAGAAUGACAGAGGAGGCACCAUCCUGACUCUUCGUGGGCUAGCGAAUUUGGGAUUCUUGUUUUUUUUAGCACUAGCCUUACUCACGAUGUUUGCUGGAUACCCGUUGGCAUCGUACUUUAUCUCCCUCAGCCACAAGCCAGGCAAGUUGGGGGGGUAUAAUAUUGGGGGCAUAAACGCAUCGGGCCAGGUCCCCGAAAUAGGCGGUCAUUUUGCGCUCAUUGAUCCAGAUACCCCAAGUGACGCGCAAAGGAUAAAGGCUUUCACCGAUGGAUCGAUGUACGAUCUCGUGUUUUCAGAUGAAUUCAAUCAGGAUGGUCGGACAUUCUACCCAGGCGAUGAUCCAUACUGGGAAGCGGUUGACCUCAACUAUUGGCAAACGGGAGACUUGGAAUGGUACGAUCCUUCCGCGAUCACGACGAAGGACGGAUCGUUGGUCAUCACCUUGAAUGCGACUCAAAGUCACGGCAAAGACUUUAUCGGCGGGCACAUGAGUAGCUGGAACAAAUUUUGCUUCCAGGAAGGAUACAUCGAGGUCAAUGUGUCACUACCCGGAGACCCCAAAGUAUCUGGAUUUUGGCCCGCCGUUUGGAUGAUGGGAAACCUAGGGCGAGCCGGUUACGGUGCCUCAUUGGAGGGAAUGUGGCCCUACUCAUAUGACUCCUGCGAUUGGGGCACUCUCCCAAACCAGACAUUUCCUGGGGCCCAACCCCCUUCUAACACCAUAGUAUAUUUGCCUGGGCAACGCCUCUCAGCAUGCACUUGUACAAAUAUUAAUGACGGAAGUCACCCUGGCCCAAAGACUAAAGGGAGAUAUGUUGGACGCUCCGCUCCUGAGUUGGAUGUAUUUGAAGCCCAGGUUGACAAGAUUGGUGGUGGGGCAUCACAAAGUUUGCAGAUGGCCCCAUUUGACGAUGAUUACUUUUGGGGCAACACUUCAUCCGAUAUUAAUAUAUAUGAUGCAUCCAUCACAACGGUGAACUCAUAUAAGGGCAGUCCCUACCAGGAGGCCCUCUCUGCUGUUACUCUCAACGAUCAAAAUGCAUACCAGACUACGGGAGGAUAUGCGAUUUAUGGCGUCGAGUACAAAACGGGCGCAAAGGGAUAUGUCACCUGGAUCAAUAACGGCAAACCUGCAUGGUCAGCGUACCCCAGCGCCAUCGGUCCAAACUCGAUUACUAAUAUCAGCCAGCGCUUGAUACCAGAGGAGCCCUUGUAUAUCAUCAUCAACCUAGGCAUUAGCCGCAAUUUCGCGAAGAUUCAAUUAGAUCAGCUUGUUUUCCCCGCCCAAAUGAAAGUGGACUAUGUCCGAGUUUACCAAGCCCCAGGAAAUAGACGUGUCGGUUGUGAUCCGGAUGAUCAUCCAACGGCGGCUUACAUCAAUAAAUAUAGUGAAGCGUAUUCAAACCCAAAUCUAACGGUCUUCGCCACUACGGGGACAGGGGGAAGUUAUAAUCAGAGCUUCCCGAAAAACAAGCUUGUCGAUGAGUGUUAGCAAGGAUAUCGUGGCAGUCGCACUUCAGCGGUUGAUCAACAAAAUUUGCAUGACAUACUUUUUCAGACAUAAGAUAUUAAUAGUUGUAAUCUUCACGUUGCUACAUCAUACAUACUCGGACUUGUUUGACCUCUGUAGAUCUUUAAAUGCAUUAUAUUAUUCUCAAAGGA